AUGACUCAAACAUUAGAUGUUGCAGAAAAUUCUUGGUAUUUAUUCAACAUUAAACAAGCUGGAUUUUAUCGUGUUCACUAUGCCGACAAUAACUGGGAACUAUUGACAGAACAGUUGUAUAAAGAUCACCGUGCUAUUCCACUUCAUUCACGAACACAAAUUUUGGAUGACUUAUUCAACUUAGCAAAUCGUGCUACUGUUUCAUACGACGUCUACUUAAAUCUGACAAAAUAUUUGAAAAAAGAAGAUCAGUAUGUUGUAUGGGAAACGACUCGACGAGCACUAUCUUAUUUAGACCGUAUGCUUGCCAUGGACGAGAGUUAUGGAGCUUUUCAAGCAUAUUUGCGUACGCUUGUAGAUGAUCCUCUUAAAUCAGUCGACUGGACAACAAUGAAAGAAGAUAAACAUCAUAUGAAGCAUAUGUUGCGCCUGACAUUAACUCGUCUAGCAUGUCAAGCUGAACAUCAUUCAUGCGUUAAAAUGGCUACAGAAUAUUACAGAAAUUGGAUGCUUAAUCCUUCACAAAAUUUGAUCCCACCAAGUUUGAGGCCAGCUGUUUAUUGCACAGCAAUUAGAAUCGGUGGACAAAAAGAAUGGGAGUUCCUAAAACAACGUUUAUUAGAAGUGGAUAUCAAAGAGGAUGAGAAAAAUAGUAUUUUACAAGCAUUGUCUUGUUCUCGUGAUAUGUGGAUAGUAAGACUACAUUUGGAAUGGGUCAUAAAAAAUAAUCAAAAGGAUCCUCAGGAUUUAUUGGAUGCACUUUCAUCUGUGGCAAUGUAUCCUAUCGGCCAGACACUUCUAUGGGAACAUAUUCGUGAAGCGUGGAGAUUUAUAAUGAAUGAAGGGAAAAACGCAACUCGCCCAACUGUUAAAGCGUAA